AUGUCUCAAUAUCAUGAGCAGCAACAAGAUGAUUCAUUUCCCAUCUCAUCUAUUGUCCCAUCAAAUAUGAUCGGAAUGAGUGAUGUUAUUACUACUAACACUGCUACUGCUACGGGAGAGGAUUUUUCACCAUCAUCUUUGCUUCCAUGUGAAGCCUAUGAAAAGGAUGGGUUUUGUGCUAGAGGAUCAACUUGUAAAUUCAAACACGAAUCAGCCAUUGGAAAUGUUAAUUUAAUUGAAUUUUUAUUUGAGUAUGAAACAAUCAUUCCGAAGGCUACAAGUAAGAAGGUUAGAAAAAUCAGUGAAAUUACUUUGGAUACUCAAAAAACAAAUCAAGUACCACCCUCUCCCUCUUCUAUUGAUAAGAAACCAAUGAUUAGGAAAUCAAAGAAAACAAAAAUUGAAAAGAAAAUUGAUAAUGAUAGUAUUAAUAAUACUAAUACUUCAUCAUCUACUAAUCAAUUAACAAGUGCAUCGAUGCCAGAGGAACCUUUCGAAAUACCUGCUGAAUAUGCUGAAAUUAACUUUGAAAAACCAAUCAUUCCAUUCAAUUUUUCAUUUCACACACCUACCUUUUUAAGACAAUCUACAUUGCAAGAAUUAAUUGAUAUUAACAUGAAAAAUACAACAAAUAGAAAUAAGGGAAUUGUGCUGGCUUAUAUGAAAGGUAAGAAGAUUUAUCAAAUUCUCACUAACUUUGACCUUAAAUGA